AUGGUGACACAAGGCUCACGGGAUAAGCACAUCAAGCGCACACAAAAUGGCACAAAAACAACGAAACACCAUCGAUGGGAGCCAUUUUCUCAGCGUAUCGCAAAGCUCAAAAUCGACCCGAUCCACCGAGUCCGCCGCGCCAGCUUUGGCGAAGAUGAAGGCGAAACAACGUCCUAUUUUCGGUCUGCCCUCGAUCAUUGGGUGGACAUGAACCUGUCCGAUAAUUUCUCCGAAUUCUACCGCCGAAUCAAUAACCUCUCUGAGAGCCUCGCCCAAAUCCUGCACCAUGAAGAUAAGAUUAUGGGCCUGUUGGUGGAAUUUAUCGAGAAGAAGGAUGAACACUCCAUGGAACCGUUGCUCAGCUUAUUAGCUCAAUUUGCAAGAGACCUUGGUGUUAGAUUUGAGAAACACUUUGCCGCCUCCGUGACCCUGGUGGCUUCCGUUGCUGCAGGCCAUCCCAGCUUUGAAGUCGUGGAGUGGAGUUUUACCUGUCUGGCAUGGAUCUUCAAAUUCUUGUCUCGUCUGUUAGUUCCAGACUUGCGACAGCUGCUGGGCAUAAUGACUCCGUAUCUUGGAAAGGAGCGCCAGAAGCCAUUUGUGGCUAGGUUCGCCGCUGAAUCGAUGUCAUUCUUGAUUCGCAAAGCAGGACUCGUCUACUACAAAACCCCCGCCUCCCUCGAGAACGCCAUCAAUUACCUUUACGAUGAUAUCUCUAAGACAGCCGAAGAUGGAAACGACAUCGGGAGUUAUAAGGAAGGAUUGAUGGUCAUGUUUUCUGAUGCUAUCAAGGGUGUCAAUAAUGGACUUCACUCGAACGGCAUGGAUGUCCUUCGGUGCAUUUUGGAUCGCCUGCCUCCUGCCAACGAGACUCGCAGCAUUCCAUCUGAAGUUAUAUACGGUGUGGUCACCAACCUCAUUCACCAUACCACACCCGAGACAUUUGGUCCUAUCCUUGACACAGUCCGGGAGUUUAUCGACAAUCGCUCUAAGACCGCCGAAAACUCCAACAUCCCAGAAUGCUGUCGAUUAAUGCUCAUCUGUAUUGCCACCCGAAAAGGUGUCCGUAUCCGAGAUUGGAAGUCUGUGCAUAUAACUCUGGUAUCUCUCUUACAGCAAGUGUCGAAGAACUCCGAAAAAUUCACUGAGGCGACCCUCCAACUUCUCACAGCAGUUGCAUACGCUCUCCAGGUGUCACCAAUGGAUGAGAUGCUUCGAUUUAUCCGCCCUAUCAUGGACCUGGUGUCUACAGGUGCCCUCCAGAAAUACUUCUUGUUCUUCUGCGCCACGUUUUCAGAGUGGGGAUCGGAGCGAUUCCACAGUUUGCUACUUACUCACUUCCGGACGUUCAUUAAUUCUUCAUGGCGUGAACGGGAGUGGGAGACGUGUUUGACACUACUUAAACUCAGUCAGACUGGCUGCAUCACUCCCGAAACCUCCAAACCUGGCUAUGUUACGUGCCCAGAUGGUUUGAAAUCGCGCAUCUCCGCCUCCUUAGAAUACCCUACUAAUGAUCAAUUCGGAUUGAAUGUCUUUGUCAAACUCCCCGCGGCUAUUUCGCUGUUUGCUGACUCAGAUUCACGAUCUGAUGUCGUGAAGAAACUCCAUGCAAAUAUUGUGUCUGCCUUGAGUGAUGCCUCUGGGGCUAUCACCGAGACAAAUGGUGCCUCAUUUUAUCUCGGGCAAGGUUUCAAGACUUAUGUUGAGCUGGCUUCACAGUCUCAAGAGCUUGAUCUGAGCCUUUGGAGUGGCAUCCUGACAGCGUCGUCGAUUUUCUGCCGUUUGCCUCUUUUCCUUGAGGCUGUCAAUGCAUUCAUUGCCUCUACUCCCACAUCGGCUGAUUUGGAGUCUCCCGGAGUUGAUGAAUUUGCCAAUAAUCUGGUUCUCAACUUAGCCAGUCCUUCACACAGACUCAGGCUUGCAUCGCUUCAAAUAUUGCAGGCGCUAGUUGUUCGCAUCAAUAAGGAUGAUUCAGCGCCGAUUGAUCUAGCCAUUGAGGUAGAAGAAAGCCCUUUGACUCUUCAAAGUGCUAGAACUCUUGCGAUGCACGUCCGCAAGUUAGCGAUGUUUUAUCCCCAAGUCGCCCCUCGAAAGUGGAUGGCUACCAUGAUCCCUUACUUCUGUUUCGGUCUUUUCUCGAAGAAAAUGACACCUCUCUGGGAAGAUUCUGCUGCGGCUUUGAAAUCCAUUAGUGAACACCCUGAGGGAGAAAAGAUUGUUUCAGCUUUAUCUAUUCAGUGGCUGCAGGAGCGGGACUCUAGCGCCACCGACGAAGAUGCGCCAGAUGAUGACGCAGAAAACUAUGCUGCUGCUGGACAUUUUGUCUGUUUCAAUGUUGGGAAAGUUGAGGGCGUCAUUUCAGCCAACUUGAAGACCCUGCAGAAUCCGAGUGCAAUCCUGUCAAAACAGUUUAACAAGGACCACGAGAAAGCCAACCUUGUUCCUGCUUCCCCCCGCAGUCAUGCAUUACUCGUCCUGAAUGCGGUUCCAAAUAUUGCCGAAAAGCAUUCACGGCAGAUUGUGCCUCUUUUCUUGAACUGGGCACUGAAUGAUGACCAGGAUGAUAACGCCGCAGCCAAUGAAGACGAACCCGAGUCUGUAAACGUCCCAAUUAAAUGGGGUUUCAAAGAUCGACUUUCUUUCCUCGCCCUCUUCGGUCAAUUCCUGAAUCCCAGAGUGCUGUUCAAGGCACCCGAAGUUCAUGAUGCUGUUCUGGGGCUUCUGUGCCACGGUAACUCUGAGAUCCAAAAAGCUUCUCUCAAAGUUAUUUUCACCUGGAAGAACUCGCACGUCACCCCUUAUAAGGAGAAUCUCCUCAAUAUUCUGGAUGAGACGCGAUUUAAGGAUGAGCUAGCACUCUUUGUGCGUGUUGGUGGCGAGGACAGCAUGAUUGAACAGGAACAUCGCCCGGCCCUGUUGCCUGUGCUCCUUCGCUUGCUGUAUGGCCGAAUGAUCUCCAAGGCUGGUGCAAGCUCAAAUCAAACCGGACAAGGUGGCAGACGCAAGGCCAUUCUACGUGCUCUUUCACACCUCUCUGAAGAUGAAUUCGCACUCUUCAUGCAGUUGUCAUACGGCCCUCUUGCGGAUGUGCACGUUGUUGAGGAUAGCAAGACAAACAGUGCAGCCUUCUCGGAAGAGAUCAUCAGUCCCAAACGACAGCUUGGUCUACUCAAGAUGAUUGAUACAGUCUUUGAUACUCUUAAAGGCAGAAUGGCUCCCUAUACGACACAAACAAUGAACGUUAUUCUUUAUUGUUUGGUCCGAGCGAGCAGGGUCCUUAAUGAUGAACGCAGUCCAGACUCCCUCAGUCGUGAAGAUGAGCGCCUCUCGGCUGUCUCCCAUAGCAUUCGCCAGUCUGCCAUUCGCUGUCUCACCCUGGUAUUUUCUACAUCAACCGAUCGCAAUUGGACACCGUAUGUUCAAAUCAUCUUCGAUGAAAUGAUUAACGCCAGACUUGACCAAUUCCCUAUUGAGACUGCCCAAGGUAUCUCCGGCCUGCUUCGUCUGUUCCAUACAUGGGCCUCUGCCCCCAGAUCUACCUGGUACCUCGUACAGCACAACAAGGAGGUGCUAAAUAAGGUCAUUGAUUGUUUGAGUGUCGAAUCAGCGCGUGAUGAAGUCAAGAUUUUUGUUUUGGAUGAGAUCCUCACCCCAUUGGUUCGUUUGGCAAGCGGAAAGAAAUUAGAGGAGGAUGAAGAGAUGUCAGAUAUUCCUGCUGAGGAGAUUCGCUCGGAAGUGCUUUCGCCCUACCUAGAGCAUGCACUUUCUACUCUUGGUCAUCUCCUGAGAAGAGGCCCGUCAAAGCCUGUGCUAUUUUCAGGUGUGACUGCGCUGUCCCUCACUGCGCCUUGUGUUGAGUCCUCUGGCGAGACAUCUAGCCUCAUUAGUCUUGCGACCUACCUGCUGCGUCAACCUCCAGACCGUGUCAACCCCAAGACCAAGUCUGGUCUUCUCAAGAUUUUGGAGCAUUUCCUUCCCCUUUACAACCCCAAGGAAGACCCUGCGCUCUCUGAGCAGGUCUUUGAGGCUGUCUCCGGUCUGUUCGACUAUUUCAAGGAUGAUAUUAACAGAGAAGUUUUGGCCAGAGUUUUUGUGGCUCUUGCUGCUCACGACGAAAACAUUGUUGAGGUAGCUAGCCUGUGCGCGGAUCUGAACUCUCGCUCAAUGAAGAGACUCGAGCCAGACUAUGAGCGCCGUCUUCAAGCUUUCAGAAAGGUUAAUGACACUCUUUCUCAAACUCUCAGCGCCAAGCAAUGGAGGCCUCUUUUGUACAACAUGCUCUUUUAUGUGAAGGAUGAAGAGGAGCUCGCUAUUCGAUCCAGCGCAUCGUUUGGCAUCAAGCGUUUCAUGGAUAAGGCUGCCACUGAGAGUGGAGUGGAGGAAUUCGAAGCUCUUGUUACUGGGGUUCUAUUCCCAUCGCUCCAAUAUGGUCUUCGACACAAGUCUGAGUUGAUUCGUUCUGAGAUUGUCUCUUCCUUGGGCUACUUCGUCAAGUUGAACCCCACCCGGCCAUCUGUACAAGACAUGCAUGGUCUUCUGAUGGGCGAUGACGAGGAGGCUUCCUUUUUCACCAACAUUCUUCACAUUCAACAGCAUAGACGUCUGCGUGCUCUCCGUCGACUGGCUGGCGAAGCUGGCAAGGGACAAAUUCAACCAGAAAACCUGGGCAAGAUAUUCUUACCUCUUAUUGAGCAUUUUGCGUUCGAUGAAGCAUCUGACGAGAGUGGGCAUAACUUGAUUGCUGAAGCAGUUGCAACAAUUGGCUCGGUGGCCGAAUACCUAGAUUGGGCGCAGUUCCGUGCCAAUUUCCGCAGAUACCGCAGCUACAUGCAAAGUAAGCCCGAUAUGGAGAAAAACAUUCUCAGGCUUCUGGGUCGCAUGUCUGAUGCGCUUUCUACGGCAAUGAAACAAAAGAAGGGCCCAACCGAGCAAGUGGAUGAUGACCCUGAUGUGAUGAAAGACUCAGAACCAGAGCCAACCAAGUGUACACUUGCCAAAACAGUUCCAUCUCUCGCCCAAGUCUCGAAAGAGCUUAUCACAAAUUUCAUUCCUUUCUUGACUCAGUUCAUCCAUCAGAAACAAGAUGCGGAGAUGAGUUUACGUCUUCCCGCUGCUGUCACGGUAAUCAAACUUCUCUUGAUUCUCCCCGAGCAAGAUAUGGCUAUCCGUCUUCCACCUGUUCUUUUGGAUGUCUGCGGUAUCCUGAAGAGCAAAGUACAGGAAACUCGAGACACAGCUCGUAAGACAUUGAACGAUAUUGCACUCCUGUUAGGCCCGUCCUACUUUGCCUACAUUCUGAAGGAAUUGCGAAACACUCUCCUCAGAGGUUACCAGCUCCACGUUCUGUCCUAUACCGUUCACUCCAUGCUUGUGUAUACUACAGAUCAUUUCAAUCAGGGUGAUCUAGACUAUUGUUUGGAUCAACUUGUUGCCGUUAUUAUGGAUGACACAUUCGGUACCGUCGGCCAGGAGAAGGAGGCUGCGGAAUAUAUCAGCAAAAUGAAGGAAGUGAAGAGUAGCAAGAGUUACGACUCCAUGGAGCUUCUCGCCAAGAACGCCACUAUUCAUCAUCUCUCAAGCCUUGUUCGCCCUCUCCAAGCACUUUUGCGUGAGAAACUUAAUUCCAACAUCGUCAAAAAGCUCGACGAGCUCAUGCGACGUAUCGGCAUUGGUCUUCUGAGAAACCCUGCUGCUGAAAGCCGCGAUUUGCUCAUGUUCUGUUAUGAAGUCGUCAAAGAGUCCUACAAGGAAAAUACUGACACUAGCAAAGCAGCUGCUCCUAAAUCAGAGGCUGAAGAGCGGUUCUUGGUCAGACUUCAAGGAGCCAAGCGAGGUGAGAAAAGAGGCACGACAUCCUCUCACAAGUACAAGUUGACCCGUUUCGCCCUGGAUGUUCUUCGUGCUAUUCUCAAUAAGUUCAAUUCCCUGUCAACUGCCGCAAACCUGUCUGGGUUCAUGCCAAUUGUCGGUGAUGCGCUUGUACAGGCCCAUGAAGAGGUUAAAGUCUCUGCAAUGCGUUUGCUGUCCACGAUCAUCAAGCUUCCUAUUCCUGAGCUCGACCAGAAUUCGAAUGUGUAUAUUACGGAGGCCGUGAAGCUUAUCAAAGAGUCUCAAAGCACAAACUCCGAGGGAUCUCAAGCAUCGCUGAAGCUCAUCUCUGCUAUGAUUCGCGAAAGACAUACCACGAAACUCCGUGAUGGUCACCUUACAUACUUGCUUCAGCGCUUGAGUGCUGAUAUUGAGGAGCCCGAUCGACAAGGUAUCACAUUCAAUUUUAUCCGUGCUGUCAUGUCGCGUCAGUUUAUUGUGCCAGAAAUGUAUGAACUCGUGGACCGGAUUGCAAGCAUGAUGGUGACGAACCAAACACGCUCUGCUCGAGAUCUCGCUCGUGGCACCUAUGUUCACUUCCUGAUCGAAUACCCGCAAGCUAAGAACCGAUGGUCUAAGCAGCUUGGCUUCCUUGCGAAGAAUUUGGACUACAAGCAUCAAGAAGGACGCCAGUCGGUCUUGGAGGCGAUUCACUUACUUCUCUCGAAGACUGGCCAGGAACUGGCCCAGGAUAUUGUCAGCACGUUCUUCCUGCCUGUUGUACUCGCCAUGGCCAAUGACGAUUCGCCAGAAUGCCGUGAAAUGGCCGGUGCCCUGUUGGCGCAAUUCUACAGUCGUGCGGAUCGGGAGCAAAUGAAGACCGUCUUGAGCCCUCUGCAUUCAUGGCUGGAGCAAACUGACAACAUGGCAUUGGGUAGCAUUGGACUACAAGCUAUGCGAAUCUUCUUCGAGGCUGAAGAGACGGAGAAAGAGAAGGAGGCCAAAUUUGUCGUCAGCAUCCUCCCCGAUUUGAUGGUCCCGAUCCUUGGAGACCACGAGAAUGGAAACUGGGAGGCCCUUUACUUCGCCCUGCAACUCUUCACUAAGCUCUGCAAGACCGUUCCCUCGCUCGCAUUGAGCCCUCAAUGUGCAUCUAUUUGGGCUGCUAUUCAGGAGUCCCUCUUCUUCCCUCAUGCCUGGGUCAAGACCUGCGCUGCCAACCUUGUUGGUGUGUGGAUGGCUGAUUUGGCCAAGACUCAUGCUGCCGAGGGCUACAAUGCCCUUCCUAUCGCAGGAAGCUGUGGUCUUGCUGUCGACAGAGAGUCCAUGCUUCGUCUUAUUCGCGCCAGUCUGAGUAGUCUUCGCACCCCUGGUGUCUCCGAAGAGCUAGCAAUGCAAAGUGUCCGCAACCUUGUCUUCCUUGGUCGCUGUGCGGCCCAAAACGGACUCGAGGUUCAGAAGAGUGUCGCCGAAGAGGACGAGUCUGAAGCCGAAGAUGAGGACGCAGGCAGUGAAGCCGAUGAAGACGAAAAAGAAGCCGAAACAACUGCCUUCGCACCUGUUCGAACUGCUAUUGGUUACAUUUUCAAACAAAUCUCCUCUCUCCUGCGCCGCGAGGUCAUUUCAACCCGGCCAGAGGCUUUGAUCCCCAAGACUGCUACUAUUGCUCUGCUCGCUACACUCACCCGUCAUGCCGAAGCUGAACACAUUCUACCUUCUAUUCGCGUCAUUCUCUUGCCACUGCAACAUCUCACGGAUACCUCCAUUCCCGCGCCACGAUCUCGUGAUGAGAUCUUCCAAAACAACUAUAAGACAUUCGUUGGUAAUUGCCACGAGGUCUUGGAUACUCUCCAGAAGAAGCUUGGUACAUCCGAAUUCAUUGCUGAGAUGGCCAAGGUGCAAGAGGAUAUCAAACGACGCCGUGAAGGGAGACGUUCUAAGCGCCGCAUUGAGGCUGUUAUGGAGCCCGAGCGCUAUGAGAAGGACAAGAGGAGGAGGAAUGACCGCAAGAAGGAGAAGCGCAAAGAAAAGGGACUCGAGCACCGCAGCAAAAGACGGGGUUGGUAG